CAGUCACGAAAAUUUCAAGCACAACUUUGAAACUCUUUUGCUCAUUUCAAAUAAGAUCAUCAAAGAAUGGCUGCUGAAUUUGCUGCCUCUGCUGCUGCCAAUGCUGUAGGAAACCUCACAACAGAAUAUGCAUCACCUUAUGUUAGUUACUUUUUCCGAUUUGGGAAAAUUGUUGAAGAAUUCAAGAAUCGGAGAAAUGAACUUGAAUUGAAAAGUGAUCGGGUAAAAAAUGAUGUCGAAGAGGCUAUAAGGCAAAAUGAGGUAAUUGAGAAGGAUGUCCAAGACUGGCGAAAAAGGGCACAGAAAGAACUGGAAGAAACCCAGUGUUUGGAAGCUGAAAUAGAACGUAUGAAGUGUUUCAACUGGUGUCCAAGUUGGGGUUGGCGAUAUUGCUUAAGUAAGAAAGUGGCAAAGAAGACGAUCUCUAUCGAUAAACUUCUUGUGAGUUGUAACUUUCCACGGGUGGGCCACCGUGCUCCUCUAGAAGGAAUAGAAUUCUUCACCUCUAAAGAUUUCAUGCCUAAUGAGUCUUCAAAUUCAACUUUAAAUGACAUCAUCAAGGCUCUAAACACUGAUGGUGUGAACAUGAUUGGAUUGUAUGGAAUGCCAGGGGUGGGCAAAACAACUUUGGCAAAAGAAGUUGGGAAGCAUGCUAAAGAACAAAAGCUCUUUGAUAAUGUUGUGAUGGUUACAAUGUCCCAAACUCCAAACAUCAGCAAUAUUCAUGACAAAAUUGCAGAAUUAUUACGCUUCAAAUUUGAAGCAAGUACGGAAGCAGGAAAAGCAGAAGAGUUAUUGCGGAGAUUGAAAAACGUGAAGAAGAUCCUCAUAAUUAUUGAUGAUGUUUGGAAUGAAUUUGAAUUGCAGACUGUAGGUAUUCCAUUCGGUGUUGAACACGAGGGUUGCAAAAUUCUUCUGACCACACGUCUUCAACAAGUCUGUGUUCGUAUGAAUUGUCAAAAGAAAUUUCAACUGGACAUCUUAUCCAAAGAUGAAGCAUGGGCUUUGUUCAAAGAUACUGCUGGUCUAAAAGAUGUUUCUUCGAGAUUGAAUGAUGUAGCCCAGGAGGUUGCUCGUGAAUGCAUGGGUUUGCCUCUUGCAAUUGUGACAAUCGGAAAAGCUUUAAAAGGUGCAAGUCUAGAUGGCUGGAAAGUGGCAAACAAGCGACUCAAGGACUCAAGAGAUUUAGACAAUGAAGAGGUUUCUCAAGGUAUCUACAACUGCCUUAAGCUGAGUUAUGAUUAUUUGAAGGGAGAUAAUAUUCGAACAUGUUUCUUGCUGUGUUCCCUUUUUCCAGAAGAUAGGGAUAUUGAUAUUGAGUUAUUGGUUAUGUUUGCAAUUGGUCAUGGAUUAUUUUCUGAUAUUGACUUACCUAAAGACUUAUUAAUUGACGACUUACGGAGGGAAAUUCGUGAAGCACUAAGAAAACUCCAAGAGUCUGGUUUGUUACUGAGAACUGAUGAUGAUGAUGAUGAAUUAAACGUAAGAAUGCAUGAGGUUCGUGAUUUUGCUCAUUGGAUAGCACCUACAGGGAAACAUAUAUUCAUGGUAAGAGGGGGGUUGAUGGAAUGGCCUCUAAGUAAAAGUUGUGGAUCCCAUACAGCAAUCUCCUUUUGGAGCAGCAACAUAAAUAUUUUUCCUGAAAAUUUGGAAUUUCCUGAACUCAAAAUUUUGAUUUUUGCAGGAAAGACUACAGUGAAAGUUCCGAAUGCAUUUGUUAAAGGAAUGAAAGCCCCUUUGUAUCUCGAAAAUGUCAUUUUCUCACUAGAAGUACUUCAAUUCGUAUCAAAUCUUCGAAGUCUAUGCUUUCUAAAUUGCGGGCUGGAGAACAUCUCAUCAUUGAGUAGUAUGGAAAAACUUGAGAUUCUUGCAUUUUCUAAUACUAAUAUUUAUAAGCUACCUGAAGAAUUAGUGUGUUUGAUAAUGGUUUUUUGUAUUUGUGUAACAAACAGGUUGACAUCACUCCAAGAGCUACACGUCGGAUGUGAAAACAAUGUUAACUUAUCGGAGCUGAAUUCAUUAUCUCGUUUGACUGCACUGUCAUUGAGUGUUUCUACAGCUCAAUGUUUUCCAGAAAAUUUUGUGUUCCCUAAACUACAAAGUUUCAUUAUUGCUGUAAAUGAAUAUCAUCCAUUUAUGCAGGGGCUAAACUUUAGAACCUUGGAAAUUACUGAAUUCUCGUCUUCAUUAAGUGCAUUCAAGGAGUUGUUUUGCAAUGUGGAAGAGUUGGCUCUGAAGAAUGUUGUCAUGAAACACAAAAAUAUUGUCCCAAACAUAGAUCCAAAGGGCCUAGAAGAAUUAACUUCUCUUGAGCUUGAAGAUUGCAAUAAUAUGGAAUGCUUAAUGGAUACAACACGAGAGAAAGGAGCAACCACUGCGUUCUCUAAUUUGGUGAAAUUGAGAAUGGUGAAAAUGACUCGUUUGAAAGAGUUGUGCCAUGGUCCGCCUCCGAUUAGCUUCUUACAAAAGUUAAAAGAUGUGACCGUUGAAGAUUGUAAGCGGUUGAAAGUGGUAUUUGAAACGAAUAGUCUUCUUAGAAAGGGAGAAAUUAGUCAGACACCGUUACUCUCAAAUUUAACAAAUUUGAAGCUGAAGUCAUUACCAGAAUUGAAGUGGAUAUGGAAAGGGCCCAGCCAUCAUGUCUGCCUCCAAAGCCUGAAGGUUGCAGUAAUUAGUGGCUGCAAUAAAUUGAAAUAUCUCUUCUCACCAUCACUUGUUCAAAGCUUGGUGAUGCUAGAACAACUCAAGAUAGAAGACUGCGAUGAACUGGAACACAUUGCCACAGAGUUGGAAAGCGAUGAUAGUAUAGAAUCAGACAGUGGCCUUCUCCAUCCUCCGCCCUUGCCAAAAUUGGCAUCUCUUGAAAUACAUGGUUGUCCACGACUGCAGUAUGUCUUCAAUGUCGCAGAAGAAAAGAAUGGAGUUGAUCAUGCCAUUGCUCUCCGUCGCCUGCAACAUCUACGACUUGAAAACUUGGAAAAUUUGAGUAGCUUCUGUUCAGAAAACUAUCCCAUUAUGUCACCAACCUUGAAGAAGUUAAUCAUUGUGGUCUGUCCUCGAUUGGAAAAUUUCAUUAUUCAACUACAAGUCCACAAACAGCUUCAACCAAAGGAGUUACGAUUCUCUGAGUUGGGACAAGACAAUGUGUGUGACACUAUUAAUUGGGAGAAUAUAUUUCAAAUUCAAGGCGGACACUUGUUCUCAAAGAUAGAGAUUUUAAAUCUAAAGGGUAUACAUCAGUUGCAGAGUCCCAUCCAAGUUGCAAGCCUUCCUUAUCUUAAAGACUUAAAAGUGUCAAGUUGUAAAAGGCUGAAAUCUCUCUUCUCUUCUAUGCUUGCUCCAAAUAUGCCGCAAUUGAAAGUUUUGAAAAUAAAGUGUUGUGAGGAGUUGGAAGAAAUCAUUGAAAUGGACCAAACUUCAAUAGCAUCAUCAUCACAGAGUCAUCUCCAACCUAUAUCCUUCCCUAUUCUUCAAUUUAUAUCUAUUUCUGGGUGUAGCAAUUUGAAAAGCUUGUUUCCUAUUAGUGUCGCCCGUUCUUUUGCCAACCUCGAGAGAAUCCAAAUUGAAGGGGCUUCUAAACUAGAGCAAGUCUUCGGGUAUCAAGGUGAACUAAACAUUGAAGAUGAUCAAAAGGGAAUGGUGCUCCCUAAAUUACAAAUUUUGAAUCUUCAUGAGCUAUCAAGCCUAAAGAGUUUUGCUCCAAUGGGUUAUCAUUUCCGAUUCCCUUCUUUGUUUCAUUUUAAAAUAACCAAAUCUCCCAAGUUGACCAGAAGUGUCAUCAUGGAUUCAAAACAUCCUAUGCCUGCCAUAACAGAGGCAGAGAGAUACAAGGUGGAGGAUGAGGAUGUGAAAAAGAAGGUGAAGACCAAGAAUGCCCUUGAGAACUACGCAUACAAUAUUAGGAACACCGUGAAAGAUGAGAAGUUUAUUGGAAAACUUGACCUGGCAGACAAGCAGGAGAUCAAGAAGGUCAUUAAUGAGACUGUUGAAUGGCUUGAUAGGAACCAAUUAGCAAAAAUUGAUGAAUUUGAGGAUAAGUUGAAGGAAUUAGAAGGGUUAUGCAAUCCAAUCAUUGCAAAUAUGUAUCAAGGUGGUGGUGGAAAUGUGCCCUUGAGUGGUGCUUGUUAG